ACAACAACAAUGCAUAUUUACACAACACAAGAGAAGAGAAGAAGAACAAGAAGAAGAAUAACCCUCAAACUCCUCUAUUUCACUCUCAGAGAGAUAGAGAGAAAGCGCCACACACAAGUACAUACACCACUUCUGAUAAGAGAGGUGUGUGGAGAAGGAGAGUAAGAAUCAAAAGAAAAGAAAAGAAAAUACGUUUCUAAAGGAAUAAACCUAACAACAGAGAAGAUCUGUGAUUUCUAUCUCUUUUUGUUGUUUGCAGAGGAAAUCGCACACCCACACACGUUCUUCAUCCCUGCACGUGAAUUUGUAUCAUUCGUGGUUUUCAGAGAGGAUUGUGUCUUCCGAGGCAUAGAUCUUGAGGUUGGAGGCAAUCCAAACACUUUGGUAUGGAGACAGAAGAGAGGAACCAGAAGGGGUUCAAGGGUUCGGAGCCAGAGUUUUUCUUGCAGUGGGGGAACAGGAAGCGUCUGAGAUGUGUGAGGGUGAAGGACCCUCGGAUUUCAGCCAGGCUCAACGGUGGAAUCAGAAGGAAACUUGCUUCUGCGGUGGAUCAUCGCUCUGGGGUCACUGUGGCUGAGAAAGAAGCCUCUCAUCAUAAUCAUCACCAUCAUCAACCUAAUCGCCUCACAAGGAAUUCCGACGGGGCGAUUCUCCGGUCCUCGGUCGGCGAUACAAGGAAAUCGGCGUCGCCGGAGAAGGAAGACCGGUACUACACGAUGAGGGGUUCGGCGGAGGAGAACGGCAAGGUCUCCGGCGACGGCAACAACGGCGAGGAACGUGCCCUAGUUUGGCCCAAGCUUUACAUCACUCUCUCCAGCAAGGAGAAAGAAGAGGAUUUUCUCGCCAUGAAGGGUUGCAAGCUUCCUCAGCGACCCAAAAAGAGGGCUAAGAUCAUCCAAAGAAGCCUACUUUUGGUGAGUCCUGGUGCGUGGUUGACUGAUAUGUGCCAAGAGAGAUAUGAAGUUAGGGAGAAGAAAAGUAACAAGAAGAUCUAAAUUCCACAACUUGUGUAUAACACCACACGCCUUAUUUAUUCUCUUCUGGAUGCAGAGACCAAGAGGGUUGAAGGCUAUGGGAAGCAUGGAGAGUGAUUCUGAAUGAUGAUGCAAGAACAAUUGAGUAGAUCGACAAGAGGGGGAAAAGCCCUUUUAAGCUUGAAAUGUUUUGGAGAUGGUGAUGAUGUUUGAAUUGAUGAUGGUGAUUCAAGUUUUUUAUAUUUGUGUUCUCAAGAAAAUUUGGAAGGCUUGUAUGUUGGCCCCCUCAUGUUUUUUUGUAAACAAGUAAGAUUGAUCCGAUCCGAUCCAUUUCAAUUAAUUAAGAAAAUUAUUUCUCACCUUC